AUGUAUUGGCCCACCGCCUGCGCAGAAAGGAUCCACCUUUCGCCUUCGGGGCUGCAUCGACCAACCACCUUCCUCCGCUUUGACAAAGAUGCAGCGCAGCAGCUUGCAAAUCAGGGGGCUGGUAGAGAUGAUGAUGCUGAGGAUCAGACCAUACAGAUCGCCCGCUCCCGCAACGGUAUGAUGUGGGCUGCGCUCAGCACCUCCACCAUCUCGAUUUGGUCCUCGCGUCCCGCUCAGGUCGUUGCUGCUCUCGUUCGCACUCCACAAAGUAUCGCCGACUACGGCAACAACACCCGCAUCGAAUGGCGUCCGGAUGGAAAGGCAUUGCUGGUACAGACCGAUUCCAACUUCCUCCUGCUCUACAACAUCGUCUACCGUCAUCAGGGCUCCUCGAUCUACAGCUACAUCCCACCUUCCGGCUCCGGUGCUCGUUCGCAAUCGGGAGAGCUCCUUGCACCCAAUCCGAAUGCACUGCGCAGCUCCUUCUCUCCAGGCGCAGGGGAAAGUGCCGCUGCUGGCGACUUGGGCCUUGGCGGUCUCGCUGGAGAGGCAUGUGAGCUUCGCUUUCGCCUCGUUCUCCGCAUCGACGCGGGGUUGCGCUUUGCCGCGUCAACAGAAACGCACAUGCUUGUCAGCACUACGUCGCCCCCCGCGAUUCAGUGUAUCCGAUGGCCCAAUGACGACGCGGACGCACCACCACCCGACUUCAACGACCCCUUGGUUCGCACUCGCACCACAUUGACAGACCAGCUGGACUGGUUCGUCGGUGAGACGCACGAGGGCCCAGAGUCCAGCACGGAACAAUCUCGAGUGCAGAUCACUUAUGUGACCUACUCUCGCCCAAUGGACGUCUUUGUCUGGCUCACCUCCGAUGGUCGAGCCUAUGUUGCCAAUUUGGACCUGUUGGCCAGCGGCACAACUCCCUGGACCGGUCGCGGUUUCCACGGCGCGCCAAAACAACGCAGACGCCAAUCGUCCAAUGCAACACGCGUCGCAGCGCCGGAGACACACCCAGAAUCAACGCACACGCACCAGCAAGACUCGAUACCAGGCACUAAAGAUGGCGAGGGCCCGUCAGAUGCACAGCCCGAAGGCACACCCCCGGUCAAUGGGUACGUUGAUGGAGAUUCGGCAAGAUCUGGGGUUCCAAAUGGCGACGAUUCAGGGAAGCCAGCAGUCGCGGCUUUGCCAGCGGAGCAGCACGCCAUCAGCGUAUCUAUCAACGCCAAGUUCAGCUUGAUCGCUCUAGGUCUGGCUGACGGUACGGUCGCUGUCUACACUUAUCGAGCGCCAGGUCGUACGCCACUCCAUUCACAUACCCUAUCUGUGCGACAGGCGCUCAAGUCAACGGCAAGCUACCUCACAACCGGCCCUGUGCGUUCUGUUUCGUGGACGAGUGACGGCUAUGCGCUUGCAGUUGGCUGGGAGAAGGGCAUGUCGACCUGGUCCACGUACGGCAAGCUUAUGGCCUGUACGCUACGAGAGGACUGGGAAUUGGCGUCUAAGAACUUUUCCGAUUCUUUCAUGUUCGGAUGCCGCGACCUUUUCUGGGCACCAGGCAACACGGAGCUCUUCAUCCUUGCGCUCGCCAAGAAAGACCUCACGCCUUUGCGGCCCAACAGCCAGCUCUUCGUGCUGCCGUUCUCCAAGUCGGCGGUCGCUGGACAGCAUUCGCCAGACAACACCCGGUUCGCCUUCUACCAGACCGACGACAGCUUGCACGUCUAUCGUGGUGCCGACCAAACCGAUCUCACCGCCAUCACACCAGAGAGUGACGUCUGGCAACACAUCAAGAUUCCACAAUCGUAUCUCGCAGCCAAUUGGCCCGUUCGGUACGCGGCCAUCAGCGCCGAUGGCAACUUGAUCGCUGUCGCAGGUCGUCGAGGUCUUGCGCACUAUUCGAGCACCUCGGGUCGAUGGAAGCUCCAUAAGAGCGUUGCGCAGGAGCAGUCGUUCGUGGUGCGCGGUGGUAUGCAGUGGUUCCAACACGUCCUCAUCGCCGCUUGCGAUUCCGGCGGAGAGUAUCAGCUUCGUCUCUACUCGCGUGAUACAGACCUCGACUCGUCCCACCUGCUCGAUCUGCAGGUGCUUCCUAGCCCCGUCAUCCUCACAUCGCUCUUCGACAACAGCCUGCUGGUCUACACGGCCGACAACACGUUCUACCACUUUCUCAUCGAUCUCUCGCAGGAUCGCAUACGGCUGCGCCUGUGCGGAUCCAUCACGUUCGAGGGGAUUGUCGGCGAGCCUGCGAGGGUGCGUGGGAUGAGCUGGAUGAUUCCCGAGAGUCAACAGCGCUUUGGCGAUCCGAUGGAUGAUCUGGCUGUCGCCACCAUUAUCUUCUUGAUAGACGGCAAGUUGGUCUUGCUCAGGCCACGCAAGGUGAGCGGCGGCAGUCGGGCAGAGUUUUCGCAAAAUCCGCUUCAAGACUUUGAUGAACAGGAUGUGUCGUAUACGGUGCAUGAUGGCGACGAUGACGACGACGAGGUCGCCUACGACAUGCAGAUCCUCUCGGACAAGAUUGAAUAUUACUGGACGCAUCUGCAGGGCAUCGGGACGCUCGAGAAUUCGCUCUGGGGCUACGACGGAAGCGGCAUCAAGCUGUGGCUCGAUGCGCUGCGUAUACCGUCGUCUGACCCGGACGAGUCGUUCCGAACGGAUGACGACGAUGAUGACGAGCAAGAUCUGGCGCCGGAAUACAAGACGAUCGAGUCUUCGGUUUCCAUGCCGCUCGACUUCUACCCGCUGUGCGUUCUGCUGGAGAAGGGCAUCGUGCUGGGUGUCGAAUCGGAAGCCUCGCUGCGUCGAUCAUUGGACUUUGCCCUCUGGCGUACUACGACCAAUACGCACCUGUUCCUGCAUCAGGUGCUGCGUAACUACCUUGAGAAGGGUCUUAUCGAGGAAGCCGUGUUCUUUGCGGCGUCGUAUCAAGAUUUGGUGUACUUUGCCCAUGCUCUCGAGAUUCUGCUGCACGCGGUGCUGGAGGACGAAGCUGAUGCGGGGCUGGGAGAUGCACUGUAUGCUAGGAGAGGGUCGGGCAGCGUUUUGCAGAAAGAGAGGAGUCCGAGCUCGCUCUUGGCUGACGUGGCUGAAGAGGACGAUGAUGGUCACCAAAACGCGGCUGGCCGUCAAGACGAGGACAACCCAGACACCAGCGGAUUGCAGAACGGCACCCACCUCGAGCCACCAUGUCGGCGCGGUUCGAGAUCGCCGUCGCCCACACCUCGCGCCGUCCUCCCGCUCGUCGUCGAGUUCCUGGACCACUUCCCCGAAGCGCUCGAAGUCGUCGUCCGGUGUGCACGCAAGACCGAAGUUGCACGCUGGGCCUACCUCUUCGACGUGGUUGGUGCACCUCGCGUCUUGUUCCACAAAUGCAUCCAGGCGGAUCAGCUGCGCACAGCGGGCAUGUAUCUGUUGGUGCUGCACAAUCUCGAACCAUUGGAAGUGUCGAUCGCGCACACGAUUCAGCUGCUCAAGCUUGCCGUGCAGAAGGAGGACUGGUCGACGUGUCACGAUCUGCUGCGGUUCUUGGCGAGUAUCGAUCCGAGUGGAGGGGCGUUGAGGUUGGCGGUGGAUGAAGCGGGGAUUUUGGAGGAAGGGAAGCAAGGGCAGGGUGGGGAGCAGCAGACGCCUCCGAGGUUGCUGCGUGCCGCAUCCGCACCGAUCAGCUCGACGCCGACGAAGCUCGACACCAUGACGGAGGAGGAAGAGGAAGACGAGGCAGAGAAGAGCAUCAGCUCUAACCCCGACCUCUCGCUCGACACGUCCACUGACCGCCCAACGCUGCAACCAGGUCAACGGUCAAAAUCAGCCACACUCAACCUCCCCACACGCAACAUCCCAGACGUCAUCAUCAACGGUCAAUCCCUCACCCCCGGCCUUGCAGCCAUGGGCAUCGGUUCCCACAAGCAGCACCGUCAGUACGCCCACGGUAUAGGGAUGAGCCUCAGCCGCGUCGGGUUGCGCAGCAGCGAUCGCAUCUGGGAUAAGAACCGGGAGGAUGCCGAAAGUCCCACUUCCCCUAGGAGUGGGUUUGGUUCUCUACCGAGGAUGGACAGGUUGAGCGGGGAUGGCGUGGGCAUGGAGGAUGAUGUUGAUGAGGCAGAGGAAGGCGGAUCCAAGGUUGACGAGAGGAUGUGA